AUGAAUAUUGGUUUGCGUCAUAUCAAAUGUUUGCUUAUCACAGCCACAGCAGUUCUUCUAACAACAGCCACAACCACCACCACCACCAUAGCAUCAGAUUAUGAAUCUCAAACCGGAUUAAACUAUCCACAAUCAUUAAUCGACCUAGCAUGUUUAGCCAGUACAUUUCCAUCUCGUUUUGAUAAGCGGCAUAAAGGAGACGAAAUCAAUAAUAACAAUACUUGCUCAGUUCAGAUACUGCAUAAUUAUACCGAAAUAACACAAAUUAAAGAUCUGGUUUAUGACGAACAAGAUAAAUCAUUUAUUGCAAAUCCAUAUCCAACUCUGGGAAUUAAAGGAUUACAUUUAAAAGUGUUUGACAAAAAGAGUGGCGCUAGAAAAAAACAUCGAGAACUUCUACUGGCGGCGGCUUUCUUGGGAAUCGACGCUAACGACAAUCAAUCUGUUUUCAUUGUAAUUCGUCACCAAGAACAUGAUUCUCUUUUGACAGACGAAAUGAAUGAAAUGAUGAGUUUAUUUGGUCCAGCAGCUACUGUCGAUCAUCAACAAGGCAAUCGGGAAGUGUUUGGUACUGCGACUGUGGCUUCUUUUAUGCGUUUCAUUCGACAACAACUCGGCUUAGAUUGGUUGGUGCAAGCUAUUCAGAUGUUUAACAAAAUUCAGUUGCACUACACAAAACAGAGUAAAAAAGUUGAAUUUAUACUUAGUGGUUUUAGUUCGGGCGGCCUGUAUGCUACGGCAUUGGCAUUAUAUUUUAAUCAUCCAUCUAUUACAUUUGCUUCGACAGGUGUGGAAGAUAUUCUGAAUGAUUAUUACUCACAUUUAUUUGUAAACAAGAGAGAAAAAUCUCCACCGAUAUAUAAUUUUGCGCAUAAGUUAGAUCCAAUUCUUCAACUCGACUGUCAACUGGGAACAGUUUGUGUAUUUUCCAAUGAAGACUCAAAAAUGAAGAAAAAAACGGACAAAGAGCUUGAACACUUACAUUUAAGUACGAUAUUUGAUAUCAACGAACCAUGUAUUCUACAAUGGCUGCGGCAUAGUAACAAAUGGAUAUGCGUAACAGCUGAUAGAUAUAAUUCAAAAUACGGAAGUUGUAAACGUGAACGACAAAGAUGGAAAGAAAGAAUGAAACUAACGGCUAAGGAUGAAAAAGCAGGAAGACUGGAUCUAUGA